GCGGGCAGCCGGCCGGCGAUGGCGUCCAUGGCGGCUGCGAUCGCGGCCUCGCGUUCGGCGGUCAUGGAGAGGAACCGGCCUUUGGACGACUGGGAGCGAAAGCGCUUCACCUACUUCUCCUCGCUGAGCCCCAUCGCCAGGAAGAUCAUGCUGGACAAAGAGAAGAUCCGCGAAAAGUACGGGCCCGAGUGGGCGCGGCUCCCUCCGGCGCAGCAGGACGAGAUCAUCGACCGGUGCCUGGUGGGGCCGAGCGCAGGGGCCCCUCGCGACCCCGGGGCCUCGGAGGACCGCGCGCGCUUCCCCAGUCUGCACGGGCCCACCGGCCUGAAGAUGGUGCGCUUUGGGGACGAGGACAUAACUUGGCAAGAUGAGCACUCUGCCCCAUUUUCCUGGGAGACAAGGAGUCAGAUGGAAUUCAGCAUUUCUUCCUUAACCAUUCAAGAGCCAAGUAGUGGCUCCACCACCAGUGAGCUGAGGCAGCCAUCCAAAACUACUCAGGGCUCACAAGCCCUGCGACCCUCCCAAGGCAGCAAGUCUUCCAGCCUGGAUGCUUUGGGUCCUGCCUGGAAGGAAGAGGAAGCAUCUUUCUGGAAGAUCAAUGCAGAACGGUCCCGAGGAGAGGGACCUGAGUCUGAAUUUCAGUCACUAACACCCAGUCAGAUUAAGUCCAUAGAGAAAGGUGAAAAGAUCUUACCCACCUGUUACCGGCAUGACCCUGCCUCAAAGGAUAGGGAGGCCAAGAUAGAAAGGUCAGGGAAUCCACGCCAGGACCAAAGUGUCCUUUCCAGCAUUAGUGUGGAGCAGGAGCGACCCCAGCUCACGAAGGCCUUUACUAGCACAGAGAAUGAUGCUACCAUAACAGAACCUGUGCCCAAAUUGUCCUCUCCUGAAGCCAGACAAGAGGAUGUGGAGGAUACGGAAGAUGCAGCUGUACCUGCACAGGUCAGUGCAAGUAAUAUCGUCUUGAAGACGGGAUUUGAUUUUCUGGACAAUUGGUAAAAUAUGUUGGGGUAGAAUAUUUAAAAACAAAAUAAAAAAAAACCAACAACAAAACAAACAAAAAAUAAGAAUCCCAAAAUGUUUUCCAGAGAGGUGUAGUGGAAGAGAAUGGUAUUUUUCCUCUGUACUUUUCUGGUUUUUGUAUAUUCUUUUCUUUGCAAAACCAGACAUAUGCUAUUUUCAAUUAUUUGUAACAUGUUUUACAAGACAAUAAGGAAUUCAGUAAAUCUUAUAUAUGAAACGUGUAUUCCUAGUUUACCCAAUUUCCCCCUUCCUGGUGAUUUUUCUUAUUCAUAUCUGAAAAACCAUAAAAGUGAUUUCCAUUUUUUUUUUUUACCAAAAUAUAUGGGAUCUUUUCUUGGCUUUUUGGCUAAGAUCAAGUAUAAACAAAAGUAUACACGAGAUUACCAUUGAUAGUUGUUGAUGAUAUUGUCAGCAAUAAAGGUAUUGGCAUAUUGACUGUAACCUUGGGGGAAUUUUGCCACACCCUGCCAUGUGGGCUCAUCCAAUUCACCCAGCUGCCAAGGACUUCAUUUCUAAAGCCACAUUUCUUGAAUAGUGUGCUAGCCUCAUGUCAUUUACAGAAAACAGACUUUUGGCACAUGGCAGAAAUCAUAUUUAAACUGCCCUGAUUCUUAUUCAAACUACUUGUCAUUGUUUAAAGAGUUGCAUGUUUAACAGUUUUAUGUAUUAACUUUUUAUUAUUUUGUAUCUGGGUUUAGCACUUAUAGAUUUAGCAGUUUCCCAAGUUUCUUGCAGUUUCCUUUUGGAAGUUCUCUGCUAUGUCUGUGGCACUCUGGUCUCUACCACUCUGAUGGUGGCACAUCUGCAGUAGUUAGAACUGAUGGCAAACCUGGCUGGAUGAUUUGGCUCUUCUACUUAGUUGUGUUAGAACUUUACAGCCUGAAAGUUUCCAUACUGGGUGAGCAGACACCUUCAUCCCAACGACUGGUCAAGCUACAUCACCAUGUGCCUGACUUUGGACAGAGCAGAAAAGUCAGAGUUACUACAUCGCCUCAGCAUCAUCCCCUGAAGACCUUUGUGGUCUUUGUGGUCCUAGCAGUGGCAUCUUCUGGAGCCAUACUUGUCUUCCCACGAUGGACUUUGCUGCUCAGGGUUUGGUAGGGAGGACUGUAUGCCUUACCCUAGAAAACCUUUACCCUGAGCUGUUUCAGUCUACAGUACUUAUCCAAGAAUACUCUCUCCAAGAAUGCUUUUCACUGUGUUCUCACCUAAAGCCUUAACCCCUGUGAAACCUAAAGCCUGCCAGUAAGAGCCUGGUUUCAGUAUAAAAAAUGUCUCUUAUAUUGCCUUCCGUUUCAAAAGGAUCAUCUUAAAUGAUUUCUAAAAUAUCUGAUUUCAAAGUAAAGCACACAGUAACUUUUUUCCAGAAGGUUUUGCCAAAGCUGUGGCUUUGCUGUAUUUUGGUUCCUGCCAAAUGCUUAACAUCUCUAAGCCUCAUUUGACCACUUGUGGUCUUGCUUUCCUUUUUUGGUGACUGACUGCAUCAAGACAAAUACAAGUUCUUUUAUGCUGUUUAAGUAUAGUUGAAUUAAAAAAAAAAAAAACAGAAAAAGGUAUGGUAACAAAGAAAGAAAAAGGGUAUGGUUGCAUGGUAACAAAGGAGAAAGUAGUGCAAAUAGUGCAGCAGGGUGCCAAUACCCAGCCUCUGGCUAAUACUCACUUUAACUUUUGGGUGGCAUGACUCAAUGCAUUGUUUUUCUUUUUAAAAAGAAAUCCAGAUGUGAAUUUGCUUUUCUUGGGUUGGUAUAAUAGGAAGAAAGAUUUGUGGGUCAGUCAAGCCUCUGACUAAUGUUUUGGAAGAUGUUUCUAACUUAAUUCCCAUGUUCUUAUGAAGUGUACUGUUCCUUUUAGAUUCUCUCAAUGAGCUGAAGCUUCUGCUACUUGUAGUAAGGGUACAGUACCCAGCAAUAUUUAGCGGAACAGUCUCUUGAGAUCAGAUCUGAAACAAAACUUGACAGGUGCUAGAGGAAAUCCUAAAUUUGUGUUAUAUUACACGGCUUUUAAAAUAAAAGAAUAUGAGGGGAGGAGAGUGCAGGAAGACAAAUGCAGGUCUUCCUCUGAACUCAGUCAGGCUAUACAGGCUGUUGUUACUUUGCCAUACUCCUGAGAAGUUAUGUAUAGUGUUUCAGGGAGGGGGAAAAUAAGCUCUUGUGUUUCCCUCCAUAGGAUGGAAUUAUUAUUUUAAGAAUACAUGCUUUUGAGUUUUUUACAAAGCCUAUCUGUAGUUUUGAAUACUACUCAUCUCCUCCUGCUUAUAGGACUCAGCUCAAGGAUUCACUAGCCUGCUUUUGAGUGACUAUUUUGAAAAUCUCCUUCAGGAAGUAAGAAACUUGUCUCAGUUCUUUCUCUUAGGAUUCCCCUCCCCACUUUUGGGAAUAUUGCCCACCAAUAAAAUCACCCAACUGGUACUUUACCCCACAUAAUUAUCAUCACAGCCUCCCUUUCUUUGAUAUACUUUUUAAAUUUGAAAGGUUCUUCAUGUAAAUCUCUUGUAUUUUAUAUUAAUAGUCUUUAAUAAAGUCAUUUAAACUAUGC